AACCAUAUUUUUCCAAAUUAAAUUGUGAACAGCCAACACAAUAUGGAAAGGCUUAGCUUUUGCUUAGUGUUAUCUCUCUGCUUACUUGCUAGUGCAAUUGCACAAGACUGUGGCAAGCAAGCUGGUGGCAAAACAUGUGCCAACAAUCUUUGUUGUAGCCAAUAUGGGUACUGUGGGACAGGUGAUGACUAUUGCUCACCUUCCAAUGGUUGUCAAAGCAAUUGUCAGUCUGGCGGUGGCAGCAGUGGUGGUGGUGGUGAGAGUGCCUCAAAUGUGAGAGCAACGUACCACUUAUACAAUCCAGAGCAGAAUGGGUGGAACUUGAAUGCUGUGAGUGCAUAUUGCUCCACAUGGGAUGCCGACAAGCCCUUGGCAUGGCGUAGCAAAUAUGGUUGGACUGCCUUUUGUGGACCUGUUGGGCCUCAAGGACAAGCUGCUUGUGGAAAGUGCUUACAAGUCACAAACACCGGGACAGGAGCUCAAGCAACAGUGAGAAUUAUAGAUCAAUGCAGUAAUGGUGGUCUAGAUUUGGAUGUAGGUGUGUUCCAAAAACUAGACACUGACGGAAAAGGCAAUGCUCAAGGCCACCUUAUUGUGAAUUAUCAGUUUGUGGACUGUGGUGAUUGAAGCCCUGUUCCAUUUUCAUGAUGCGCAAGCAGCCCAAUGUCUCAUAAUCAAUGGAUUUGUCAAGAAAUAAAUGGAGCUAGUGCUUCUUGAAUAAUUAAGAAUAAGAAAAGAACUAAACUGUUGGAAGGAAUUCUAUAGUAAAUGACAGCGUUUGAAUUUGCUGGAAGUUAACUGAGAAUGUAAUUUAGAUAUAUACUUGCAAUUUUAGUUCUCUUUGCUUAAGAGUGGAUCCAACGCGUUGGAGCUUCAACAAAUAUUAUGGGUUUUACAAAUAUCACAUUUGGAUUUU